UGACGUUGUUGGGGAAGCGAGGCGGGCCUGGGAAGCUGAGUGGGAGUGGCGCGGAACUGCAGCGGUGCCUGAAAACCGGAGUGGCGGCAAGUCGGGUCUGCGAGCUAAUAUUUUUAAAAUGACCACACCAAACAAGACACCUCCUGGUGCUGACCCUAAGCAGUUGGAACGGACUGGAACAGUACGGGAAAUUGGGUCACAAGCUGUUUGGUCACUCUCAUCUUGCAAACCAGGAUUUGGAGUGGACCAAUUACGAGAUGACAAUCUAGAAACUUAUUGGCAGUCAGAUGGCUCCCAGCCUCAUUUAGUGAACAUCCAAUUCAGAAGAAAAACAACAGUGAAGACAUUAUGUAUUUAUGCGGAUUACAAGUCAGAUGAAAGCUAUACUCCAAGCAAGAUCUCAGUCAGAGUAGGAAAUAAUUUUCACAAUCUUCAAGAAAUUCGGCAACUUGAAUUGGUGGAACCAAGUGGCUGGAUUCACGUUCCUUUAACUGAUAAUCAUAAGAAGCCAACUCGCACAUUCAUGAUACAGAUUGCUGUUCUAGCCAAUCAUCAGAAUGGAAGAGAUACCCACAUGAGACAAAUUAAAAUAUACACACCCGUGGAAGAGAGCUCCAUUGGUAAAUUUCCUAGAUGUACCACUAUUGAUUUCAUGAUGUAUCGCUCAAUAAGGUGACCUUGAAAUAAAACAAAAGUCAUUAAACAUAUCUUUAUCUUGUCAGUAAAUAUUAAAUCUGGUAUCUUUAUUGAAAAAUGGAUCAAUUAUUUUGCAA